GUUUACGAUAUUCGGUAUAUGCUUCAAAAUGGCUGCGCCCAUGAACACAUGUAAACAUUUGAUUGGGACGUUGACCAGAAUUAGAAAACCGAAGCCUAUUAAUGUAUGUUUUAUACGAAAGUACAAAACAGGAGGGGAAUUCCUAUAUUCAGUUCAAGAUCCGCUCCUGAAUUCUCAUUGGCUGUCCCAAAAUAAAACCGGUCAAGAAUUGAAGAAAUUCUAUAAGAAUGCCAGUAUUGUACAGAAUCAAGGUUGGUUUGAGGUCAACUUGGAUCAAAGAAAAUUACGCACCCCAACAGGGAACCUUUUUCAGGUUCCCAGUGAACCAUUGGCUCUGGCUAUAGCUACUGAAUGGAACUCACAGAAGGAAACAAUCAAGAGGCAGGCUAUGCACCUGACAACCCUUAGUAAUACAGUGCUGGACAAUCCCAUGCAGAGAUCAAGAGGAGACAUUGUUCGAGGGGUGUUACACUUUCUGGAAACAGACACCAUAUUAUACAGAUCAACAGAGCCUCAAGAAUUUUUAGAAUUACAGAAGCAAGAAUGGGAUCCAGUGCUAAAAUGGUUCAGAUCCAGUUACCAGGUAGAGUUAGAUUCCACCACCUCCCUGAUGCCCCCAGAGAUACCAGAAAAAACAGAAGAAGUCAUCACACGGAGAGUCAAUUCGCUCAAUGACUGGGCAUUAGUGGGUUUCCAGUAUGGUGUAGAAAACCUGAAGUCUAUAAUACUUAUGUUAGCAAUCACAGAUAAACGUUUGACUGUAGAAAAAGCUGUGCAACUCGCCAGGCUAGAGACAUUGUACCAGACAAAGAUCUGGGGUAAUGUACAAUGGCACCAUGAUGUAGACAUCUACCAGCUUCAAUCCCGGGUAGCGGCAGCUGCUUUAUUUGUACACUGGUGCAGCAAUGACAUGGCAACUACACAUAAAACAACCUAUAGCAAUCAGACAUAGCAUCAUUUAUGUUUUCUAUUUAAUCAAUAAAUUUUAUUAAGUGUG